AUGGAAUUGGGAAAUAGCUUGUCUCUGCUACUGGAGACAUAUUUACCUCCAGAGUUUCCUGACACUGUCAUACAGCUAUUUGCAAAAGAUGUUUUGUUUUUACUAUCAUCACCCUAUAAGAAUAAACAACAGCUGAGUAAAUUAAUUGAAAACUUUCAAUCAAAAAUACCAGUAACCCUUCGGCAUAGAAAUACAUUGCCAAAACUAUUAUCAUCUUUGGAACCAUUAUUUUCCAUGUCAAAUGAACAAGAGAUGCUCAAUUAUGUAAAUGAGUUACAAAUGGAAUACUCAGAUAAUCCUAAUGAUCAAUUUAUAUUAAACAGGCUCAACAUCAGUCCAUAUGAUGGAAACCUGAAUAUGGGCAGGCCUGGAAGUCAAUAUUCCGAAUCCUUUGAAAACCUUGAUCGCUAUUCCGAAAGGUCAAUGCUAUCUUCUCAAGCUUACAAUAAUAUAGGAAAAUCUCCUAACAGAUUACCAUUAAGAUCUUUAUUAGAACCUUACAUGAAAAACAUGAUAGAUGAGCAGGAAAUCAUGAAAUCAAUACCAUUUGUUCUGCUAGGUACUACAUCUGAACUAUUUGAUAUUGAAUAUGACAAAAUAAUCAUACCGUCUAACAUCCCGAAUUCUGAAAGUGGUAUUCUUCAUUUGAUUUUUGAAGCUGGACUUUUGUACAAAGAGCUAGGGAAUUUGUGCGAUAAAUAUAGACGAAUGCCAAUAUCUCCAAUGAAGAAAGCAUUCAUAAUAGCAGUGGGAUCGGAACUGAAUACAUACAACGGUUUAAUAAAUCAACUUGCAUCAAAUGAUAAAAUAAGUACGAACAAUGGUGUCUAUGUUUCCAUUUAUGAUAGCAUUAAUAAGCUAAGAGUCUUCUAUUCUAUCAUGCUAAAAUUUGAGGGUUUGACUGGAGAUCAACUGCUAUCUUUGUUAGAACAACUGCGACACCAUGGUGACUUAACAAUAGAAAACAUAGCAGACAAACUGUUUAGCACAUUGCUAACUUUGUACUACGACUAUUUGUCUCAGUGGCUUACAUUAGGAUCGAUAGACAAUACUAAUAAUGAACUCUUUAUCGAAGUAGAGCAAGAAAAUACAGAUGGUGAAGUAAUCUUUAAAUUGAAUACAGAUAAGAUUCCUUCAUUUCUAACAUACAUGCAAGCGAGACAGAUAUUCGUAAUUGGUAAAUCUUACAUUUUUGUCCAAAAAUACUGUAAGGAACUUGAAUACUCCAAUGAAUUUUCGAACAGAUACAAACAAAUAUACGACGGUCUUAGAAAGAACGGCAUAUCCAUCGAAUUUAUUGAAGCAGUUAAUACACAGUUUAAAGAAAUUGUUAGUUACAUUGAUACCAUUAUAUGCACAAAGUUUCAUUAUCAUGAUGUUUUGAAGACGCUAAGAAAUAUUCUUUUAAUGGGUAGAGGAGAUCUGAUCAAUACAUUAAUAACAAAAUUAAGUUCAGCACUAACCUCCUCAUCAGAUCUACUUUCUGACUAUUCUUUGACAAGGAUUCUUCAAGAAUCAGUACAACAAUCGUCUUUAAGAAGCUUAAUUAAUCGUGGUGACAACAACUAUAUUAUAAACAAGUUAGAUGCACGUCUCCUCGAUCUGGGCCACGGCGCCAUAGGUUGGGAUGUUUUUACCUUAGACUUCAUUGUCGAUAGGCCAUUGUCAUUUGUACUGAAUGUUAAUCGUACCAAUGGCAGAAAGGAAUACUUAAGAAUAUUUAACUUUUUAUGGAAGUUGAAAAAGAAUCAAUUCUAUUUCGAAAAGGAGUCUAAGCGGACAAAAGAAAUUUUGCGAACAUUUAGAAAGUUUCCUGAAUUCAGUCCUGUAAUGGGAGAUAUCACGAAACACAUAUCAAAAUGCUCAAUUCUUCUGACGCAGUUGCAAAUAUUUCACACAAAAUUAGACAAUUACUACCUUCAAUAUGUCAUUAAUGAAAGAUAUCUGGAUUUAGAAAAUGAAUUAAGUGUGAUAUUUGACAAAGAAAAAACUGACAAUAUCAAGGUGAAGAUCAAUAAACAUGGUGAGAAAAGGGUAAAUGGAGUAUUGAAGCCGGAUAUUAAUAUUCUUAACGAAGGAAGAAAGCACCUAGGUAAUCAAAAUCUUCGGGACAUUGAGCAGUUAGAUAACACUCAUAAUCAAUUCCUUGGAAGGAUUUUGGCACACAAAUUAUUAUCGACAAAUUCCGGAAACAAUCUUGGAGAACGCUCUAACAAACCAUACCCAGCAACUGUGAUUGUAAUAUUGAACAGCAUUGCUGAGUUUCUUGUAAAGUACAACGAAUUAAAUGAAAUUUCAUACAAGAUCUAUAUGCAAUUAAGUUUGGAGCAUCAUCCAGAAAUAUCUGUACAUCUUCAAAGCCUAGUCCACACAAUCAAAUUGUUGUCCAAACAGUACAGUCAUUGUAAGGAGCAGAUUUCUACACUUUGUGAUGACUUAAGGGCGGAUGGAGACGAGGAACUAAUGAGAUUGAGUAGGCAUUUACGUUGA